AGUUCGAGAGAAUUUGUGCAGAGGUUCCGACCAUGACCGAGACCGCAGAAGUGGCUCCACCAGCGGCACCCGCCUCUGCAACCAAGGCUGCCAAGAAGAAGAAGGCGGCCGUCCGGACCAAGUCAACUGGUCCCAAACUGGGCGAUCUAAUCGACAAGAUUGUGGCCGAUUGCCGCAGUCAGCGAGGGGUGUCCGUAGCCGCGAUAAAGAAGAAUUUGGCCAGCAGCGGCGUCGAUGUACAAAAGCUGAAAGGUCAGAUCAGGCUGACCAUUAAAAGAAAAUUGGAUAAAGGCACCCUGGUUCACACUAAGGGCGCAGGUGCCUCCGGCUCCUUGAGAGCCGCUAAAAAAGAACAUACCGGGAAAGUCGUGAAAAAAGCGAAGAAACCAGCGGCCAAGGCACCUAAGACCAAGAAGGCAGUGACCAAGAAAUCUGUGGCCAGGAAAACAGGUGCCAAGAAGUCUCCCGCCAAGAGCAAAGGGGUUAAGAAAACUGCGGUUAAAAAAGCGGCAGCUAAGAAAACAGCGACCAAGAAGACCGCGCAGAAACCCAAGAGUCCGAAGAAAGUCGCAGCCCCCAAGGUGGCCAAGAAGUCGGCAAAACCCAAGCCGAAGGCAAAAUCUGUGAAAGCCAAGAAGACAGCGGCCAAAAAGUAAAUACAGUAAAGACCCGAAACCAAAGGCUCUUUUAAGAGCCACCCCACAUUUCCCAGAUAAGAGCUGAUCCAGAAUCGCGCGACUCCAGAUCCUGUUCGGUUUAGAUGUCAGUACGAACUGUUUCCCGAAAACCCGGGAACCCCGGUGCCCCGUUGACAUUCGGCGAUACCGUCCCUUCCCUAGUAUCUGAAAUAAAAUACAGUAUCGGAUAUUCGGACCGAGACUCAAUCGGACACGGAUGUGUUCCGCUUCAGUCUCCGUUCAAAGGUCGUUUCUUUCUCAUUUGACGCCGGGAGAUGGUAACACUGGCGGAGAAUCCCGGUCUCACAGCUCAAAGCCCAACAUGGAAGUUUCAAUUCAGGGUUAAGGUGACUAAACUGCUAAACUAUCUGAGGAGAGGGAUGAAACAUAAUAGAGAAAUUACCAGCUAACAUGCUAUGAUUUUUUGCACUAUUUGUAAUUUAACUAUUUAAUAUGCACAUAUAUAGACUUACUGUAAUGGAUUACUUAUUUACUUUUUCCUAUAUUAUGUAUUGCAUUGUACUGCUGCCGCUAAAUUAAUAAAUUUCACGAUAUAUGCCGGUGAUAGUGAACCUGAUUCUGACUCGAUAAAGAACUCGCGCUUCUGAAGGAUUGUGCGGAGCGCUGUAUUUUAAUUCUACGUUCAGAUUAAACGUUGGAAAUUAGCGGCUGGAGUAAAAUAGGGACGGA